CGGGCCGCAGUCGGACUCGGAGCCCGGGGGAGCGACCGGCGCGCAGGCAGUCGAGGCCCGGGCGCGCUCCGGGGGCGCGGCGAGGCCGAAGGGGCGGGCGCCGGGCGGAGCCGCAGCCGCAGCCGGGGCGCCUGGAGGCGGUCGGGCCGCUCUCUCCGAGCCCAGGGCAGCGGAGAGCCUGUGCGGCAGGGGUCCGGGCCGGAGCGCAGUCCCGCGGCUGAGGUGGGCCGAGAGGAGCAGCCGCCGGAGCGGCCGGAGCGGCGCCGGGACCCUCCCCAGGGGCGCGGAGGCCGGGCGGGCCCGGGCCAUGCGCACCGCUCGCUGAGGCCGAGGGAGGCCGCGAUGGAGGUGCCGGCGGGGGAGCCCCCAGCCCGGGGCUGCGGUCCCCCGCCCGUGCCCGCCCCGGAGAGGAAGAAGAGCCACCGCGCGCCGUCGCCGGCCCGGCCCAAGGACGUGGCCGGCUGGUCUCUGGCCAAGGGCCGCCGCGGCCCAGGCCCGGGCGCCGCAGCCGCCUGCAGCGCCGCGUCCUCCGCGCGGCCGGACAAGAAGGGGCGCGCGGUGGCGCCCGGGGCGCGGAGCGCGGGGACGCGGGUGGCUGGGGUCCGCACCGGGGUUCGUGCCAAGGGCCGCCCGCGCCCCGGCACCGGGCCGCGACCGCCGCCCCCACCGCCCAGCCUCACCGACAGCAGCUCUGAGGUGUCGGACUGCGCGUCGGAGGAGGCCCGCUUGCUGGGCCUGGAGCUGGCGCUGAGCAGCGACGCCGAAUCGGCGGCCGGGGGUCCGGCGGGGGCCCGCACGGGGCAGCCUCCCCAGCCCGCGCCGCCCGCACAGCAGCCCCCGAGGCCGCCCGCCUCCCCCGAUGAGCCGUCGGUGGCCGCGUCGUCGGUGGGUAGCAGCCGCCUGCCCCUCAGUGCCUCACUCGCCUUCUCCGACCUCACCGAGGAGAUGCUGGACUGCGGGCCCGGAGGCUUCGUGCGAGAGCUGGAGGAGCUGCGCUCGGAGAACGACUAUCUCAAGGAUGAGAUCGAGGAGCUGCGCGCGGAGAUGCUGGAGAUGCGGGACGUCUACAUGGAGGAGGACGUGUACCAGCUGCAGGAGCUGCGACAGCAGCUGGACCAGGCCAGCAAGACCUGCCGGAUCCUGCAGUACCGGCUGCGCAAGGCUGAACGUCGUAGCCUCCGGGCCGCACAGACUGGCCAGGUGGAUGGGGAGCUCAUCCGGGGCCUGGAGCAGGAUGUCAAGGUCUCUAAGGACAUCUCCGUGCGGCUGCAUAAGGAGCUAGAGGCGGUGGAGAAGAAACGGGCGCGGCUGGAGGAGGAGAACGAGGAGCUCCGGCAGCGGCUCAUCGAGACCGAGCUGGCCAAGCAGGUGCUGCAGACGGAGCUGGAACGGCCGAGAGAGCAUUCCUUGAAGAAGAGAGGAACCCGCUCCCUGGGGAAGACAGACAAGAAGCCUUCGGUGCAGGAGGACAGCGCGGACCUGAAGUGCCAGCUGCACUUUGCAAAGGAGGAGUCAGCCCUCAUGUGUAAGAAGCUCAGCAAACUCGCCAAGGAGAAUGACAGCAUGAAGGAGGAGCUGCUCAAGUACCGCUCGCUCUUCGGGGACCUGGACGGCGCCCUGUCCGCCGAGGAGCUGGCGGACGCGCCCCACUCCCGGGAGACCGAGCUGAAGGUGCACCUGAAGCUGGUGGAGGAGGAAGCCAACCUGCUGAGCCGCCGCAUCGUGGAGCUGGAGGUGGAAAACCGAGGCCUGCGGGCAGAGAUGGACGACAUGAAGGAUCACGGGGGUGGCAGCGGCGAGGCCCGCCUGGCCCUCUCUGCGCUGGGCGGCGGUGAGUGCGGGGAGAGCCUGGCCGAGCUGCGGCGGCACCUGCAGUUCGUGGAGGAGGAGGCGGAGCUGCUGCGGCGCUCGUCGGCCGAGCUGGAGGACCAGAACAAGCUGCUGCUGACCGAGCUGGCCAAGUUCCGCGCGGAGCACGAGCUGGACGUGACACUGUCGGAGGACAGCUGCUCCGUGCUCAGCGAGCCCUCGCAGGAGGAGCUGGCAGCCGCCAAGCUGCAGAUCGGCGAGCUCAGCGGCAAGGUCAAGAAGCUGCAGUACGAGAACCGGGUGCUGCUCUCCAACCUCCAGCGCUGUGACCUCGCCUCCUGCCAGAGCACGCGGCCCAUGCUGGAGACGGAUGCCGAGGCCGGGGACUCUGCCCAGUGUGUGCCCGCGGCUCUUGGUGACACCCCCGGCCCCCAUGCUGCCCGGCUCUGCAGGGCCUGGGAGACCGAGGCGCUGCCUGGGCUGAGGGAACAGGCCGCGCUGGUCAGCAAGGCCAUCGACGUCCUGGUGGCCGACGCCAACGGCUUCUCGGCUGGCCUCCGGCUCUGUCUGGACAACGAGUGUGCUGACUUUCGGCUGCACGAGGCCCCCGACAACAGCGAGGGUCCCAGGGAUGCCAAACUCAUCCACGCCAUCCUGGUGAGGCUGAGUCUGCUGCAGCAGGAGCUCAACGCCUUCACACGCAAGGCGGAUGCUGCCCUGGGGGGCUCUUCCAAGGAGCAGCCAGAGCCCUUCUCAUCGCUGCCUGCCUUGGGCUCCCAGGGGCCCUCCAAGGAGUUGCUUUUGGCCAAAGACCUUGGCUCUGACUUCCAGCCACCUGACUUCAGGGAUCUGCCAGAAUGGGAGCCCAGGAUACGAGAGCCCUUCCGCAGUGGUGACUUGGACUCCAAGCCUGACCCCAGCCGGAACUUCAGGCCUUACCGAGCUGAAGACAAUGAUUCCUACGCCUCUGAGAUCAAGGAGCUGCAGCUGGUGCUGGCUGAGGCCCAUGACAGCCUCCGGGGCCUGCAGGAGCAGCUGUCCCAGGAGCGGCAGCUUCGGAAGGAGGAAGCCGACAACUUCAACCAGAAAAUGGUCCAGCUGAAGGAGGACCAGCAGAGGGCGCUCCUGAGGCGGGAGUUUGAGCUGCAGAGUCUGAGCCUCCAGCGGAGGCUGGAGCAGAAAUUCUGGAGCCAGGAGAAGAACAUGCUGGUGCAGGAGUCCCAGCAGUUCAAGCACAACUUCCUGCUGCUCUUCAUGAAGCUCAGGUGGUUCCUCAAGCGUUGGCGGCAGGGCAAAAUUUUGCCCAACGAGGGGGAUGACUUCCUUGAGGUAAAUAGCAUGAAGGAGCUGUACCUGCUCAUGGAAGAAGAGGAAUUAAACGCCCAGCAUUCUGAUAACAAGACCUGCGCAGGGGAUAGCUGGACCCAAAACACGCCCAAUGAGUAUAUCAAGACACUGGCCGACAUGAAGGUGACGCUGAAGGAGCUGUGCUGGCUGCUGCGGGAUGAACGCCGUGGUCUGACUGAGCUCCAGCAGCAGUUUGCCAAGGCCAAGGCCACCUGGGAGACAGAGCGGGCAGAGUUGAAGAGCCAUACUGCUCAGAUGGAGCUGAAGGCUGGCAAGGGGGCUGGGGAGCGGCCGGGGCCGGACUGGAAGGCCGCCCUCCAGAGGGAGCGUGAGGAGCAGCAGCACCUGCUGGCCGAGUCCUACAGCGCCGUCAUGGAGCUCACACGGCAGCUGCAGAUCAGCGAGCGCAACUGGAGCCAGGAGAAGCUGCAGCUGGUGGAGCGGCUGCAGGGUGAGAAGCAGCAGGUGGAGCAGCAGGUCAAGGAGCUGCAGAACCGCCUGAGCCAGAAGGCUGCUGAACCCUGGAUCCUGAAGCACUCAGAUUUGGAGAAGCAGGACAACAGCUGGAAAGAGACACAGAACGAGAAGAUGCUGGACAAGGAGGCAGUUUCUGAAGCUGACCUUGGGGGCACUGCCUUAAAAAGGACCAAAUCUGUUUCCUCCAUGUCUGAAUUUGAAAGUUUGCUUGACUGUUCCCCCUACCUUGCGGGGGACGCAACCCGGGGUAAGAAGCUACCCAACAACCCUGCCUUUGCCUUUGUGGGCCCCCAGCCUGUGGACCCAGAGAAGGAGGGCCAAGAGCAGCCAGGGCUCUCGCCACGGGACUGCAACCGCCUGGGCCCCCUGAGCUGCCAGGAGCCCGCGGGGAGGCAGAUGCAGCGCAGCUACACGGCUCCCGACAAGACAGGCAUCCGCGUGUACUACAGCCCCCCAGUGGCCCGGCGCCUGGGCGUCCCUGUGGUCCACGACAGGGAGGGCAAGAUCAUCAUCGAGCCCGGCUUCCUUUUCACCACUGCCAAGCCCAAAGAGUCAGCUGAGGCUGACGGGCUGGCCGAGAGCUCCUACAGCCGCUGGCUCUGCAAUUUCUCCCGGCAGCGCUUGGACGCAGGCUCGGGGGGCAGCCCUGCGGCGCCGGGCCCCAGCUUCCCAGCCGCCCUGCACGACUUUGAGAUGUCUGGCAACAUGAGCGACGACAUGAAGGAGAUCACCAACUGUGUGCGCCAGGCCAUGCGCUCGGGCUCCCUGGAGAGGAAGGUCAAGAGCACGUCCAGCCAGACGGUGGGCCUGGCCAGCGUGGGCACGCAGACCAUCCGCACAGUCAGCGUGGGCCUGCAGACCGACCCCCCCCGCAGCAGUCUCCACGGCAAGAGCUGGUCACCCCGUAGCUCCUCGCUGGUGUCUGUGCGCAGCAAGCAGAUCUCCUCCUCCCUGGACAAGGUGCACUCGCGCAUCGAGCGGCCGUGCUGCUCCCCCAAGUAUGGCUCACCGAAGCUCCAGAGGCGCUCCGUGUCCAAGCUGGACAGCGCCAAGGACCGCAGCCUCUGGAACCUGCACCAGGGCAAGCAGAAUGGCUCGGCCUGGGCCCGCUCCACCACUACACGGGAUAGCCCCGUGUUGAGGAACAUCAACGAUGGGCUGUCCAGCCUCUUCAGUGUGGUGGAGCACUCGGGAAGCACAGAGUCUGUCUGGAAACUGGGCAUGUCUGAAGCCCGGGCCAAGCCUGAACCUCCAAAGUACGGCAUCGUGCAGGAGUUCUUCCGCAACGUGUGUGGCCGGGCCCCAAGCCCCACAUCUGCAGCCGGGGAGGAGAGCACCAAGAAGCCAGAGCCUCUCUCCCCAGCCAGCUACCAUCAGGCGGAGGGCAUGGCCAGGAUCCUGAACAAGAAGACAGCCAAGUCGGGUGGCAGUGAGGAGGCCAGACUCUCAGUGCUCCCCCAGGUGGGGAAAGAUGGUGUCCCCCGGGACGGAGAUGGAGCCACAGCCCUUCCUAAUGAGGAUGCCGUCUGUGACUGUAGCACCCAGUCUCUCACCUCCUGCUUCGCCCGGCCGUCCCGCUCUGCCCUCCGCCACUCUCCUUCCAAGUGCCGGCUGCACCCUUCGGAGUCCAGCUGGGGUGGGGAAGAGAGGGCAGCUCCCCCCAGCGAGUGACAGAGCAGCCGGGCUCCCCACCUCAACCAGCCCAGUCCCCGGAUCGCCGAAGGGAACCAGCAGAGAGGAGGCGAGGCAAGGGGCCCAUGCUCUCGGCAUCGUCUUACCUUGGAGGUUCAGCCGCUACACCACUGCCAGGGAACAGCUUUCCCAUCCAGGUAAAGCGGGGUCUCCUGCUGACUGCUGGGUGGUGACCUCUGACUUCCAGGGAAAGGCAGCAAGUGGGAGAAAGACCACAACUAGGCUUCAGAGGUGGCUCCAGAGCGAUCCCUUGGGAGCCAGUCUGUUGGCAGAGCCUCGCCUGGUUCUGCCCACACCCACUUCUCAGAAGAGCCAAGGAAAGGAUACACUUCUGGCUGUGCUCCUCAGGGAAAAGGGCUCACAGAGAUGUUCCCUGCCAACCAUGUCCUCCUUCAUGGGCAGGAAACACCAUGACAAGAACGGGCUCUGCCAUAGGAUUCGACGUGGGGUUCCUGGUGGAACUGAGCUGGGCAUCCUCCCCAUCCCUUCCUUCCCUCCACGGCUUCCUCCUCCAAGCCCUGCUGCUCUGGAUUGCUGUGGCUCUAGGGGGUAUGAUAGGGCCAGUAGCCAGGGCCAGUAUCAGCCUGGAAUCCUGGGGCGCUGGAUCUCCCUGCCCAUAGCCCGGAUGCAGCAAGGACUGGAAGAUGAGGUGGAAACGUGUGGGGCUCAGGGUUGGGUCACUGGAACUGCCUCCCUCGUCAAGGUGACCGUGUUGGGGGGGGUGGGUGGCAGGCACCAACCUUCCCAGGACAGAAAUAGGUAGAGUCAGUUUCCAGAUCUGGUGCACAGAUAAAUUGCCUAAAUGCCCACUGCCUCCAUUGCUCGGGCCUCUUUCCCCAGCACCCUGGAGGGGGCGCCACAUCUCCACUGUGUUUACAUCCCGUGGCUGGUAGAAGGCAAAGCUGUUCCCAAUGAGAGACUCCCAAUUGGCCACCCCAGGCCAAGGAGCACCCCCAGAGGCCAGUGCCCCCAGGACAGGGGCCUGGAAACACAUUUCUUGCCUCGGUUGUUUAUUUGAAUUUUUCUUACUAUAAAUAUUUAAGGUGGCUUUAGUUUAUUUUAAUAAUUUAAUUUCCCCCGAAGUCCCUAACGUAAUUUAUUGGAGGUCAAGACAUGUAUUCUUGCCACUAGGACAACGUGGGGCAUCUAACACGAUGGCCAGGCAUGGGGUCCCCCGUACAGACAAGGCAGCUCGGCUGCUGAGCUCGAGUUUCCUGGUCAAGUAUAGAGAGACCCCGGUAGGGCUGGAGCCCUGCAGCUUGCUCCCCAUUUCUGCUGACCAUCUGGCCUCAGAGCACUGCUUUUCACUCAUUGCCUGGUACUUGGCCAGCCCCCAGCAGUCAGUCUGCAAACCCUCGCUGACAGGGUGGGGGCUGGGCCAACGUCCCCACUUCCCAAACAUUCUCCAUCUGCCCUCUCAUUUUGCUCCCUCCCUCUGAAACCUUUUUAAUGAGACAAACACAUGUUACUAAGGCUCUUAUCAAGAGCGUGGCGAUCUCUCCAAGUUCCCCAAGUGAGAACUCCCAGGAAAACAGGACUGAACUUCGAGAAUGUUGUUUAUUGCAGCUUUGCACAUGGACGUGAGAGUGUCUGCUAGCCUGCCUCAGCUCUCACCACCUGCCAGCCUUCUCACCAGCCUCUUUCCUUAGCCUUAUGGCCUCUCCUGGCCCCUCUUCCAGCCCCAGCUCCCCUGCCCGCCUUUCUCCACAUCCCAUGUGAGCUGUCUGAGCCACAGCGGCUUAUGGCAGUGUGGGGGGAAGGCCUCAGAUGGCCUCUCCCUUGGUGCCAGUGAACCCGUAUCGGUUGCACACUUGCCCGCACACACGCAGAUGCGUGGACCUCCUGCCACUGGCGGGGGGCCCAGAGUGGAAAUACCAGAAUGAAGCAGCUUGUCUGCAGAAUGCAGGAAGACCAAAAGCCAGCAGCUUUGUAAGCUUGCCCCCAGGACUCAGGAGACACCUCUGUACUCCCACCUGCUCCCAGUUCUGCCCUUUCAGGGUCACCUGGACAAGUUACCCCAGAUCCUUCCUCUCCAUUCCCUACGGGCAGAAUGUGAGGGCCGUGUCAGGCUGAUCAGGCACUCUCUUGUGCCAUAGUGACUUAUGUGGGCAGAACAGGCAGGUCCCUGGAGCCAUGGGCCAGUCUCCCCUGGGAUGCUGCUGCUCCCACUCAGAAGGUCAGGGGGUCCCUCCAACGUUAUCUCCAGAUGAGGGGACUCACACCAGGCCACAUGCCACCAGAGGCCUUCUGCCACCUCCCCAAGCAAUGGAGGACCAGGGAGGUUGCACUCCCGGCCUUGGGGAGAAAUCCUCACAAGACCCGAACCCCAAGGCCUACGGACCGCUCAGCCUUACCAUCGUCUUCGUCCAACGCUGUCCUCGGAAUCUUCUUGUCUCAGCGCCUGGCCACCCGGCCCCCAACUGGUGUCAGAGGCUCCAGAUCUUGGUUUUCAGUAAAGUCCUUAGUGUCAACUUCCUGCAUGCCUCUGUGCCAGGCCACUCAUCACUGUUCCUGCAGAAGCCUCUGGACGUGGGGCUUGAUGGGGUUGAAAAUGUUAUGUGUAAAUAUUGGUUUGGUUUGAUUUUUAGCAUUUUAGUUAGUAACUGGUUGUGUUUUCCUUUUUGGGGGGUGGGGGGGGGUUGGUUUGUAAAAACUCUUGUACUCUUUUGGAAUGUAAUUUCUAAGUUUGUUUGUUUCUUCAAAUGCCUUUUAAGUCUUGGUAACAUUCCCAAAGCAGAAGACUGCCUGACCCACAGUGGGGAUUCCCCUGGAGCCCUGGGGUCCCAGGAAGGAACACUGCCCUUCUUCCCUUUCUCCCCUUCCUGCUUCUCCACUGGACUCCCAGCACCUUCCUCCUCUUCCUUCUCCUCAACCUCCUCUAUCCUUCUUCCUUUUCUGCCAUCUGCACUCUCUCCCACCAAAGUCCCAAGGAACCCUGGGGGUUCUGAUCCCCUACAGUUCACUGGGCUUGGAUCUAUCGUGUUGGCAUCAGCUGGUUGGGGGAGGAGUGGGGGGCCAGUUGCCCGGGUUGACCCUAAACUGGACAACCUCACAUUUCUUACGUCUGACCUCUUCCCAGAGCUGAACUAGACCCUCCUGGGGACAAUGAUGUCUGGAUUUGAAAUGAAAAUCGGACCCCUUUGGCACAUCAUUGGCUCCUAGGUCUUGCAUGCACAAGGCCUGUCCAAUUCCUGUCCCUCUUUCCCACCCAGGUCGUUCCCCACCAAAGGCCGACCCAUUUAAAAAUCCCUCCUAGAGGUCUCGCUUUCUAUGAACUCAAAAUGCGCCCCACCUGUUGGUCUUCCCAGGGAUACUCUUGUCCCAGCUGCUUUCCCAGCUGACAAAGUGAAGGGCCCAAAGACAUCACCCUCUCACAUGCUGACUGUCACAUGGUUCCUAUGCACCUUUCACAGUUUCAUCACCCAGCCUGUUCUCUUGCCCGUCCAGCUUCCAGGCUCUUCCUCCCUCUCCCCUCCCAUCCAGAAUGUCCCCCACCUUCCAACCGUACCAGCCCCACAAGCUCCCACUACCUCUUCACUCAUACUAAUAAUCUUCCCCUGCACACCCCGCCCAGAGUACUCUGCUAUCUGGAAAUUGCUCUCAUCUCAGAGAUGGCUCUGGGAGGCAGCCUUGGCAGGACAGGGGUUAGUGCAGAUCAGGAAAUGGAGGUGCAGGGCUCAUCCCAGAGACACCUAACUGGGAGGUCAUCGAGCCUAGAUUAGGACCUGGGUCCAUCGGAUCCCCCAGCCCAACUUUGUCCUGGUUGCUGUGUAAACCCACUGACCCACUGGGGACUUUUCUUUGCGGGUACAGGACACCCGGAAUAUGCCACUACCUAACCCAGGCUUGAAACCAUGCAACCAUCACCACUAUCUGUUUCUAGAACUUUUUAAUCACCCGAGCUGAAACUCUACCCACUGAACAGACAAUAAGUUACCUGCUCCCUCCCCAAGUCCCUGGUAACCUCUAUUCUACUUUCUGUCUUUAUGAAUGUGCCUCACCUAGGUAGCUCAUGUAAGAGGAAUCACACAGUUUCUGUCCUUUUGUGUCAAAGCCCCUCACCUUUUUAGAUGAAAAAUUGGUCCCAGAGAAGAGAGUGGCUCACCAAGGUCACACAGCAAACUACAGGCAGAGUCAGGACCAGAAGGCUGGUUUCCUGACUCCAGAAGAUUCUGCAUCCCCAGUGGUGAAUGAGACCCCUCUCUGCCAUUCUUUGCUUUUGGUUGAGCCCCUUCGUCUGUCUGGGCUCAGUCUGUUCAGUCCCUGCCUUUCAGCCUCCACUCUGUUACCAUCUUCCUCCAAAGCUUCCCCUCUCCUGCCUCCUUUUUUUGGCUCGUUCCCACCAACACACUAAGUGGCCCUGACCCAUGACCAGGUUUUCCUCUUCUGCACCCCAAGCUUGUUUUAACGUCUAUCCCCCAGCCCUCCCAGAACAGCCUGUCCGGCUCUGCUCCCCUGCCAUGGACUUUCCUCCCUCCUCAGGCUCCCACUCCUGUCCUGUCCCGGAAGUACUUGGGUCUGUGGUCGCCCGACUCCAAUGUUUGCUGUCAUAUCUAGUGAUGUUUCCUUGGUUCUGUUUCAUUUAUUUCAUGUUUUCUCAUACUAAAGGAGGCACCCUUCCAAUACCUCAGAGAAUAUCUACCUUACCAGUGCUUCUCACUGGGCUUCGCCCAGUGACCUCCCAGCCCAGCAGGACAUCCCCUAGGUCCACUGUUGAGCCACAUUAUCUUCUCUGUCCCCAACCUCGGGACUUCAUCACUGUCCCCUGUUGGGUGUGUGUGUAUAGGGGUGGGGCUUGAAUCCCUCUUUCUGGGCUCCUGUACCCCUGCCUAGUCCUGCCUAACCUCGUUUGUGAAGAAGGUGCAGUCUGGCUUGUGUUUUUCUCUCUGUAGGUCAUUCAUCCAUUAGUCUGUCCAUUUGAUACCCCACUAUCCUCUCUGCUCUGCCCUGGGCCUCACUGCCUCCAGAAUACCUUGUCCUGGCUUUACCCUUUAUCCCUCCCAACAGUGUGUGAAGUUUGCAAAGUCCACAGACUCAAGAACCAAAGGGGACUUGAUGCUGGGCCUGCAUUCCCCUGCCCAGGGCUCCUCCCCACUGCCUGUUACUCUUGCCUCACACUCCUUGGACCCUCACUUAUCCCAUCACCCCUCUUUCCCUUCCCUUCUUGCCCCUCACCAGCCUGCAGGAUCUCAGGCCCUAAAGGAAGGAGCUCGGGUUUCCUCCAAGCAUCCUUGAAGGGUCGAGGUAGUCAGGGCCUGGAUGGUCACAACUCCAUUCUGAUACCACUCAAACUGCUCCUGGGAAGAAGACCCUCAGCCAGGAAUCUGGAGACCCUGCCCAAGUCUGGGAAGAUCUCUGUUUGACUGGUUCUCUGAGCCUCCCCAUUCUAUGAUUUUUAUCUUGAGCACCAGGAUGAUCUCUAGGGUCCUAGAACAGCCCUUGUGUUUUGGGAUGCUACAUCACUAUCCUCUCUCCACUGGACCCUGGUAUCCUGGUUCCUCUUUCAACUCUGCCUCUGAUCUCUGUGCCUUAGUUUACUUCUCCGCACAGGGGGCUCACCACAAGACUAUUUCUAGCAGCUUCCCAGGUAUUUUGGUGCCUCUAAGGUUGGGCCUUGCCAGCUGUGGCCCAGCUCCCUGUCACUGCCUCAUGAUACCAAGUCGCUGAGUGUGAGGUUCCUGGAGGUUCAAACAGCUCGAGCAUUACCUGCGAACUUGACAGAAAUGCAAAAUACUGGCGCUACCCAAGACCUGCAGACUUAGAAAUUCUGCUGUGGGGUCCAGCAAGCUGGGGUUUAGCAGGCCCUCCAGGUCAUUCUCAUAUAGCAGGACUUGGCCAGCUGCUGACCUGCACUAGCAAUCAGUGCGGCCUGGUGAGGGACUGAGGCUGGCCCAGACCAGAAACAGGUGGAAAAUACCAACCUCAUCUGGACAUCUGAGAGAUUGGAACUCUCCUUACCCACCCCUCCCCGCCUAACAAAUCAACUGUGUCCUUUUCCCGGAAGCUGGAGGGCAGGAAGAAGGCUACAGUUUUCCUUUCCCUGCCUCUGGCUUCAUUCCAGUUCUACUCACAAAAGGCCGUGUAGGGUUGUGCUAGCAAAGCAGUGGGUGGGAGUUGUGGGGUGAGGAGACAAAGACCCUGACCAUGUAUCCCUUGGAAACCUUACCACAGGCUCAUGACCUCUCUUCAAAUAGGAAGAAACCUAACUCCUCAAGGAAAGAAUCCUAAAUCCCUAGCUCCUCCUCCUCUUCCUCCUUCCACCUCCAGGGAGACCAAGUAGACCGUGCCAAAACCAGCUCCAACCCCCAGCAGCUGGGGAAGAGAGCCAGAAACUGUCCUCUCCUCUCGGUCCCCCUCCCCAGCCCCUGGCAAUACUGUGAAGCCCCCUUUCUGCCCAGCCUGGUUUCUUGGUGAGGGUCCUGCAAUCCUGGGCCCUAGGGAAACUCCCCCCCCACCCCCACCCCAGGGAAAGGCCCUUGGGAGGGAAGGGACCAAGGGCAUCCUUGGGCCAAAUUGUCUGCCUCUCCUGUCCACUGUUCUCUCUUCCCCACUUCUGUCUUCAAAAGGCUCCUUCCCAAGACGGAUUAGGUGCUGGGACAACUGGCCCAAUCCUCCAGCUCUCCCUGCUCCUGUGUCUUAUUUCAGACAUGAGAAUAAAUGUACAGUGUAAACUUACAAAAGGUUUUUAAUGGUUGUAGAUUGGAAAUAAAGUAUGUAAUAUGAACAGUUUCCUUGGA